AGCACAAAAUUGGAGCUGGACCUUGGUUCCAAUUUCACUAGGUUGGAACUAGAAGGUCAGUAUGGAAGGAACAUGCUGGUUCUACUAACAGAAAGGAUGGUUUUGUCAAUCGACUUACUCAUUGAAAAUCGAGAACAAGCGGGAGUGUCAAAAACUAAUCCAUACCUGUUUGCACGGACUGAAGGUCCAUCGUUCAUCAGAGGAUUGGAUUGUUUCCGAAGGGCUGCGAUGGAAUGUGGAGUUAAAAACCCAGAAGCACUUCUCUCCUCAUCAUUAAGAGAGCAAAUUGCCAGCUACUGGCAGCUAAUGAGCCUAAGUGAGCAUGAAUUGGACCAAGUAGCUAAGCUAGUGGGACAGAGCAGCCAAGAGUGUUACAAUCUCUCAAAAAAUGCAUCACAGCUGGAGGAAGUGAGCAAACAAUUGCUCAAGAUGGAUCGCACACUGCCAUCAAGUCCACCCCUCACGGCAAAGGAUGGCACUGUACAGAAGGGUGCUUUAAAGAGAAGACCAUGGAGUGAGAAGGAACAAGCUGCAGUGAAGCGUUAUUUGAGUGAAUUUAUCACAAGUAUGAAGGUCCCAGGCAAAAAAGAGUGCAAUGCUUGCAUAGCUGCUGAACCAGAUCUUUGUGGAAGAUCUUGGACAGAUGUCAAAAACUAUGUACACAACACACUACAGACAAUACGGAGGAGGAAUAACCAACAGAGGUCUGAAGGGAAUGUAAACAUUUUGAAUCCAAAGAGUCCUAAAGCUGGAGUCCAAACCACAAAGAAAGAUUUGGAAGAUGCAAACGUUGUCUGUAGUCUGACAACAGUGCAUCCAGAUCACCUGACAGAAAGUUCAAAUUGUUGUAUGACAAUGGCACCACCAACAAACUUGAGAGAAUCAACACCAUUCCCCCAAGAGAUGGCUUCAACUUAUGCAUCCUUGUGUUCCACUAGUUCAAAUAUGGUCCAUACAAGUCAGCCAUUGAUUUCUACUUUCACACCAUUGAAUGCUACUGAUACACAAGUGGUUCCUACAUUUACUCCACACAACACUACAAAUGCACUAAUGCCUCCUGCAUACACUUCAGAGAACAACCAAAUUCUUCCAAUGUCUCCUUCGUAUACACAGAAUGCUGUAACUAUGCCACCCCCUUCUGUGUAUACACCACAGGAUACUACAAGUUCAACAAUGAUUCCUACUUUUAGUCCGCUGAAUGCUCCAAGUACCUCAAUGGUUCCUACAUUUACCACAUUAAAUACUCCAAGUGCUCCAAUGGUCCCUGCAUUCUCUCCACUAAAUGACAGAAGUAGGCCUAUCGUUUCUUCAUUCACACCUCUGAACCAUUCAAGUACACCAGCUUACCCCACAAGCUCACCCAGGGCCCCUACAACCGCACAGGUUGUCCCAACAAUCCAUGGACCCAGUGUUCCCGACAGAGCACCAGUGGGACAGGAUGGUGCACCCAUGUCCACUCCAGGAAGACAAGUCACUCCUGCUGUCAAGCCUCAAAAGAGAAACAAGAGGUUGUGGAGUGAGGAGGAACAGGCAGCGGUCAGGCGUCAGCUUGGAGACUUCUGUAAACUGGUGAAAGUGCCGGGCAAAAAGGAUUGUGAUGCAUGUUUAGCUGCUGAACCUGCCUUGAAUAGCAGGACAUGGAGGGAAGUCAAGUAUUUUGUACAUAACUCAAUUCAGUCAAUGAAAAGAAGAGGGCACGCGGUUGCCUCCAAACAAAGUGGAGGACAAGAACCAGAGACUCAUAAUUCAAGCACGGAUUGGGAUGGUCCCGUUUAUUUGUCCCUGUAAAUAUUUGUAAUGGACAUGCUCGAAAACAGUUAGUGCGCAAUGAGACUUUGGAGGUGUGUGAGGACUGUGGCUUUAACCCCAUAUUAUUUGGGGCUUAAAAAUUCGGCAGAUGUGAAUUGUUGUGAAAUGUACUGUCAGUGAAUCUUGGUCUCCGUAGUCAUACAGAUCAUGACAACGUUUACAGACUGCCCUGCCAUUCUUUAAACCACACAUUUUAAAAAGAUCAUAAAGUAUUCUGAAAUAAGUCCACCAGACCAAGCUAUUGGUGUACUGUUGCAUGAAUAUACACUAAAUGGGUGGAACUAAGGAUGUUUGUACUGUAACUUUGGCUCAGAAAAAGCAGAUAUUAAUGUUUAAUAUGAUUAUACGUAUGUAACACAGUCAAUUAUAUAACUGUCAGUUUGUCGGAUCAUCACAGGUUAUCUCUAGGAAGUGCUCUAAUUUAGAUAUGUGAUCAUUUAGUAAACGUGAUCCUCAUUUUGCCAGGAUUUGCAACCUGCCACCAGUCAUUGGCUGUGGGCUGUGGCAAAUAGCCGCUGUGGCACCCAAACACGCUUUCACAUUUUUAGACACAAUGUUAAUGUAAAUGGUGAAAGCAGUGGCUGAAUUGUUUGGGGCAACCUUGAACAGGUUUUCCCACCCUGCACUGAGCAAAGGUAGCCUCAGUGACUGUACAUUUCCAGAGGGAUUUUUAAUCUUCUUUACUUCAAAAUGUACUUAGACAUCAAUCUUUCUGCCUGCACUGUUUUCAGUAGCAUUUUUAAGAAUUUUGAUGAUCAAAAACUUACCAGCAAAUAUUUGCAGCCAAUCCCUCCAACAUGAUAGAUGUACAUUGACUUGCUUUACAUAAUUCCUGAAUGCCUGACCCAAGUGUACUAUAUUCUUGCUUUAGCCAGUAGCCUAAAUUGUAGAUGGCCCCUGAUAGCCUGCAGCAGUAAUGGCAUACCUUCAUUGUGGAUGUUAGAGAAUUAGGAGCACUUAAAUAUUAAAAACUUUUGUUUUUCUUUGAAGAUCCUGUUGCUAAAUGUCUGUUAUUUUCAUUUAUAUGUGUUUUAUUUUCUUUUUCAUGUGUAUUAAUAAGCUGCAGAAAGGUUUGGUUGUAUUUUUGUAUCACUAUACAGCAACUGUAUAGAAAAAUUUUAGUACUUUAUUGUAUUUGAUGUACUCUAAUUUGAGGUAAAAUACACUGCAUUGGUCUCAUUUGUUUAACUUAGUUUUAAGCUUUUAUUAUCAGUAUGAUUAUGACAUUAAUAUCCAGUUGCCAAGAUCAGAUUGCCUUAUUAUUUUGAAUAUUAGGUUGAUGAGUUAUUUCUAUUCAUGUUGAUUCUAACACAACAUAGCAAGUACAAUCUUGAUACUUGUUGUGUGUUGUUAAUCAUGUUUAAAUCACUACCUGGGCUGUUGCACCACAGUGUUGGAUUAUUUAAAAACAUUUUUGCAGAAGUGAAGCAUUAUUACACUAACAAAAUUUUUUAAAAACAUUAAAAAUAGAAAUGACAUCCUUUAGCCCUUUUGAAUAUAAAGGGCUGGAUACAGAAUGGUGCAAUCUUGAAUAUACCACACAUUAGAUAGUGGAUGAAAUGAUUAAUUCCUUCCCUGUAAUAUAAGAAAAAAAAUCUGAUUUUCCUAAUAUUAUCACCGAUGACUAAAAGAAAUUAGACAUUUAAUUUUAAGUGGAAUUUAGUUUAUAUCUUUUACCUACAAACCUUGUUGAAGGUUUAAAACAGAAAAUUGAACACAGGUUCGGGCUUUUGUCACUACAGUGUUUAUUUUACACUAGAUAUUCAGCAAGAGCUGUGAACAAUGUGUUCUGUUAGGUCAAUUGACUUUGUAGUUGUCUUUGUUUAAACACAUAAAAAGAAAAUUGCAAUCUACAGUUUAUUUUCUUUGUGGUCAAAAGGAGCAGAAGUUAUGGUCAAAGAGUAUCAGACAGCACUGCUGCUAUUUGUCAGGGACAAAAGCUUUUGUGUUAUUUGCCUCAGUAGAAGCUGUAGAGUAAACAGUGUUCACCCUUUCAUACCAAAUGCAUUAGUGCAGACCUGGGUCACUUCACCCAUUUCAGCCAUUCACACCAAUGUUUUUUCUUAUGUUGUUGCCUCAGUGUGAAUGGGGUAUAUCUGUGUUGCAGUAUAUACAUUAGUUACAGCUGUAGCUGAGGUGCAGCUGCAUCUGGAUAAGAACUGUGUGGAAGUUCGGCAAAUGAGACGAGAGCGUUGAGACACUACCAUUGCUGUUUGAUGUUGCAAAGCAAAGUUUUUUUUUUUCUUUUAUAGUAGAUAGCUUUCUUUCAUCAUUCUUGUAUACACAGUGCGUGUUACUCUUCAUCCUGUUGUAAUUAUGUUGCCUUCAGUUAAUGCUUCUUAUUAAGUAUUGUAAGGAACUUAUAACUUCUGCUUGUACAAUAAAAUGCU